AUGUCAGGUAAAAAUGGAAUGCUAGUGAAUCGACCAGGUCACAACGGAACAUAUGUAAGUUUUCAUGAUGCAACAUUGAAUGGUACAGUAGUACUCUCAUACGAUGCUGGUUGGUCAUCAAACAUCAUCUACUCUGGCAGCACCAUCAUUAUCUAUGCUCCAUAUGCCUGGACUCCUGGUCAUCUUUAUUACAUUACAUUCGAUAGUGGAGUAUCAAGUGGUAAUGAUUUCUGUCAUGCUGAAUCACAACCCAUUGUCGAUCCCACUUUUUGGCAAUUCGAUAUUUGGAAUCCAGCUGUAUCAAGUACCACAACAACAACAACAACUGCUCCAACUACCCAUACGGUGACGACAAGAGCUCCUAGCACGACCACACCAAAUGUCAAUCUGACAACGACAGGUUUAAUCGUUACUACGACUACGGUUGGAUCAACUACAACCACUACAACUACCACAACAACAUCCGUGACAAUUGUUACAACAAGUACGUUCGUUUCAUAUUGAUUCAUUUUGUCAUAUUGAACAGGAACAUAUUUUAAACAGUUCAUGUUUCGAACUGAUUGAAAAAAUUGUCCGGUUGAGAAUUUCAUGACUAGUAAUAUUUUAGUGAACAGAUAUGAUUGACUUUAUUAGUCACGCAUAGCUGGAACUUUUACUCAUUUUUUUUAUUCGUGUGACUUUUAAUGUUUAAUAACGUAAAAUAAUCAUCUGGUCCACUAUCAAUCAACCAAUUAGAUGAGAAAGUAUUUAGAAAAAAAAAGAGAAAGCCGGAUAAUAUUCUAUUCUGGUAUCCUAUAGAUUGGAAACUUUUCAUCAAAAUUCAGUGAAAUAUGUCCUCUGAUUAUAUCUCACAGAUCCAAAGCUUGAUAUCAAAGUUUUUGGAUUUUGAGGUAACAUCAGGGGUUCAAAAAUAAAUUUUUGUUUCAUCUCAAUCUCAAUGUAAAUACAAAUAUAUCGAUUCGAGCAUGUUGAUUACGAAUAUCAUGUAUAGAAUGAAUGGAACUGUACUUUCUGUAUGAUAGUGAUAGUACAAGGUGGUCAAACCGAGAGUGUCUCUCUUGAAGUAUCGCAUAUUGUGAGCUUCUACCGUAAGAGAACAUGUCGAGAAAAUAUUUUUUUCUACGUCAAACUCUUCAGCUCUAUCUGAAUUCCUGAAUCAAAGCUUCAGAUAAUUUUAAAUGUGAAAUCAAACUCACGAUUCCAAGUGAAAAUGAAGGAGUUUUCAGCUGUAAGCUUGUUUAUGCUGGCCAUGCGCACUUUUGUAGUCGGUGCUGUCGAAGCAUGAAGUUUUCUAAAAAAUCAGCAAAACUUUGAGCUUUAUCCAAUUGUAUUAUCAAAAUAAAUAUAAAAGUGUACGUGUAGACUUUCCAGAAAAUGUUUAGAGAAUCUUCAAGAAGUUACAUUAACCUUUUAGACACUAAUAGGCGAGUAUAUUAAUGAAGGCAAAGAAUGCUUCCUGCCAAAGUUUUUUUAAAAAGUAAUAUAUGAAUUCUUAGAUGCAUCAUAACGUCGUCUCGAUAAUCAAAAAUAUCGUUGCAGAGACACAAAGUAUUAUUUCUCUACACUUAACAGAUUGACGAAAAAAUGUGAAAAUUUUGUUAGAUACGUUAUUUGCCAUUAUCAACACCCUUUUUUAUUUCUUUUGAGAAUGCUAUUGGAUAGAAUUCCAAAAUUUGCCCAUCUGUGUAAAACUUCAUGCUGCGGCAUCAUCGACUAAUUACGAAAAUGUGUAUGACAAGUAUAAACAAGCUCACAGUCGAAAAAUCCUUCAUUUUCACCUAGAAUGGUCAAUGCGAUUUUUCAUUUUUCUUAGAUUUUCACUUUCAAUAGUGAGAGAACAAGAUGAUUAAAAAAAAAGAAGGGACAGUUUAUGAAUGUUAUGCUUGCUGAAUAUCUUUUAUUGAUGUUUAUUAGUCUUUGAAUAUGGCGUUAUGAUUGAAAUUAUUAUGUAAGGAGAUAUUACCCCGUAGCUUUGUGUCGAAAUAAAACUGGAUUCUGGUUUAGUUUAAUUUUACUUCAAGUUAAAAGUUACAUAAACCACGUAUAUUAAAAUUAACAUUGAAAUAAGAAAAACAUUUUUUUCGUAUCUCUGAUACUGUGUAAAAGCUCCAAAAUUUUAAUAUCACAAUAUCAUGCAUUGGACGAGUUGAAUAUGAUUAGAGUUUCCAUUUGACUUGAUCUCACUGAAAAAAUCUCCAAUGCAUGGGAUGUCAUAAAAUGACAUUCUCCGCUCGUCUUUAUCGUCUAUAGGUAAGGUGCUGAGAACAAAAUGUUACAACAUACAUAUUCAAUUGAAAGAUCUAUAGAUUUUGUCAAUAUUGGAUACUAAAAUAAGACUUUGUGAUAUGGAAAAAUAAAUACAGUAUUAGAAUAAACAAGAUGUUAAACUGCAAUACAAAGAGCAGUGUAAACUAUUCUUUUUAAUGCUGAACUAAAAUGAUUAUUCAGUGGUAUUUUGAUUAGUCGCUUAUUGGCGAUGGUUGAUGCAAAACAUCUGACUGUAUUAAAUAAGUAAUUGAUGCUAAUCAAGAAACAUAGCAUUUUGCAAAUUUGUAUCGCCUGAAAACAAAGAGAGCUACAUAGUAUAAUUAUUCUUUUUUGAAGACUCUUUUUUUCGGUUAGUAGUUACAAGACUUUUCGGUUGCGCGAAACUACGCAUUUGUACCAUAUUUGGUUGGACUAGUUUUCUUUGAAGUCUUAACUAAAUGAAAUGCCACUAUCAGCGUAUCAAUAAAAUUAUGCCCAAUGCCCUUGGAUACACAAUUAAAUUGUUCUUUUUUAGCUGUUACAACUACAUCAACAUUGGUGACGGAUAUGUCUGUAAUGACACCGAAGGAUAUGGAAGAAGUUUGCAAGCAGCCAGUGAUCAUAUGUACAGUCACCAUGAUGGUUGUUAUGGGUCUAAUAAACACUGUCGGAAUGUUUAUUCUAUUUACUAAACUAGAUAAUAUGUUCAAUCCACAUCGAAUGUUAGCUAAACGACGGUAUCAACAUUUUUUGAAUCGGCUUAACAAUAAAUCGAAAUAGUGUGCUGCUACCAAGCGUAAAUAAAAACAAUAUUUUUUAAAAUCACCAAAUCUUUUACCAGAAAUAAUUAUUAAAAGCUGCGUAUUCGAUUUGAUUUUAAGAAAUAAACGAAAAGUUCUGAGCAAAAUAUUGCGAGACCGAUAUAGAACCAAUAGCACAUAAAUCUACGGUUUGUCAGAGCAACAUUCCCAUGCCAAAAAAUGUACCAUGACAUCCGAUUAACAUUGAUUUUAUUGAGCAAUGAAAGCAGAUUUAUUUGUGCUAUUUUAAUCAAAGAAUAAUUUAUUUUUAUUUGAUUUCUUGUCAAAUUCUUUACACGAAUUUAUCAACAUAAAUAAAAGUUGAUGUAAAUAAGUAUUACUCUCAAUUAAAUCUUCUUGUCAAUUUAAAAUAAAAGUUUAUUUAAUUUGCUAAAAGAUAAAUCUCUCUCAAACAAUCGUUAAGUAAUAAGUAUGAAAUUAGGAUUUCUAGCGAGAAAAAAGAAAGAGAUAUAUCUGAAAAAUAAAAUAUAUUAUGUAAUGAAAUCUAUUUAAGAUUAAUCGAAUCAAUAUUAAUAUUUUCAUGUUUCGUCAUAGUAACAUAAUCAUGGAAAGACGAUUACAAGUUUUCGACCUUAAAAUAAGAUAUAUGUAUGUUUCUAGAGUAAGACUUCUCCGGCUUUAUGUAAGUUCGCCAAUCUGGGAUUUCGCCAACAGUAUAUUCGCCAUUGGCGAACGUCGUGGAGAAAUUCGCCGAUAAACUUUUGUUUCCUCAUGGUGUAUUCGCCAAUUGCAAAUCUCUAGUGUGAAAUUCGCCAAUUGUAAUCCGUAGAAUUAUGACUCAACUAAAUUGAUGAUAGCGUGUGAGUGUGGGUGUUGUCUGCGUGCGUGUUGGUAGGUACCGGUAAGCGCAUGAAAUACUCGGGUUACGGCCACUUGCCUGCUAGACAGAUGCCCGCCGGACAGAUGCCCGCAAGACACUUGCCCGUGCGAUACAUGCUCGCAAUGGGCAAUGUUGAGGGUGAGGGUGCGGGCAAGCAUCAUACGGGCAAGUGUCUUGCGGGGAUCUGUCCGGCGAGCAUAUGUUCUGCGGGCAAGUGGCCUAGAUUCGAAAGACUCAUACCCACACCCACGCCCAC